AUGGGCAGCUGUUGCUCACGUAAUUCACGCAAAUCUCAAGAGGGCGGGGAUAUCGGCGAGAUUCGAGAUGAGGACCUUAAGGGCAUAUUCCGCGAGUUCGACCUAAAUGGAGACGGAUUCAUUCAGAGGGACGAACUGCGGUCUGUGAUGCAAAAGAUGGGUCAGUCACCAACGGAGGAAGAGUUGGAUGCAAUGUUCAACGCAGCCGAUCAGGAUCAUGACGGGAACAUUGACUUCAAAGAAUUUCUCCAAAUUGCCCAUGCAAAUCCGCUUUCGCUUUCAUUAAAAGCCGUUUUUGAGGAGUUGGACGUUGAUGGCGACGGAUACAUAACUAGAUCUGAACUUCGAACAGCAUUCCAACGAAUGGGCCACUCCCUUUCUGAUCAAGAUAUAAAAGCUAUUUAUAAGCACGUGGAUGCCAAUAACGAUGGAAAGAUUAAUUUCCAAGAAUUUUGUCAGAUGAUGACGAGAAGGAAGUGA